GUUCGUUCGACUAGGGUUUCUACUCCACCGAAGACUCAGCAGCAGCAGCAGCCACUCCGGAGACCCGAAGAUGCCGUCGCACAAGACAUUCAGGAUAAAGAAGAAGCUCGCCAAGAAGAUGAGGCAGAACAGGCCCAUCCCACACUGGAUCCGGAUGCGCACUGACAACACCAUCAGGUACAACGCCAAGCGCAGGCACUGGCGCCGUACAAAGCUCGGCUUCUGAGGUGCUUGGCAGGAAUUCCAUGCUCCUUUUUUGCUCAUUUAUCUUGUCUUUGGAUUAGUUUUAAGACAUAUGAAGUUCAUGGCUUUGUGUCAGUAAUUUAGGAUCUUUUAGGAGGAACUCAUAAGAGUCCUUUUUCAGACAAGUUUAUGUGUUAAUUUAAAAUUUUAAAUUGUGGGUUGAAUUUUGGUUCUUCAAAUGUUAUGCCAUGAUUUGUUUCUUA